AAAGAGGGAGGAAAGAGAGAGGGAGGGCUGGACUCCAUUAAUGCGAAGCCUGCUGCCUGGAAAAGUGUUUGGGAUACUUCACUUCUUCGGCGAGUUCUUCGGGGAUUUUUCUCUCUUUUUAGCACCCAGUCAAGAAUAUAUACAUGAUUUAAAGAAGGGGGGCUUGUUCUGUGCCGUGUAGUCGAGUCUUUUGGUGUGUUUUUUCCCCCGUCUUUUUGAAGCAGGAUGGCACUGGAUGGGAUCCGGAUGCCCGAUGGCUGCUAUGCCGAUGGGACAUGGGAGCUGAAGAUGCAUGUCACCGACCUCCACAGGGACGUGUCUCUGAGAGUCACUGGGGAAAUCCACAUCGGUGGAGUUAUGCUCAAACUUGUGGAGAAGCUAGAUGUGAAGAAGGACUGGUCAGAUCAUGCCCUGUGGUGGGAAAAGAAGAAGACAUGGCUGCUGAAAACCCACUGGACGUUGGACAAGUACGGCAUCCAGGCCGACGCCAGGCUGCUCUUCACGCCGCAGCACAAACUGCUGCGCCUGCAGCUGCCCAACAUGAAGCACAUGAAGGUCAAGGUGAACUUCUCAGACCGGGUCUUCAAGGCUGUGUCGGACAUCUGCAAGACUUUCAAUAUCCGCCACCCAGAGGAGUUGUCUCUACUGCGCAAACCUCGUGACCCCAAGAAGAAAAAGAAAAAGUUGGAGGAGGCAGAAGAGGACAGUCUGGAGCUGGAGGGUCCCCUGUUGACUCCUGGAUCUGCCUCUGAGAUAAUUUUCAUCGGACCAGUGAAAGGGAGUGUCUACUCUAGUCCAGGCUUGUACAGUAAGACCAUGACCCCCACCUACGAUUCCAGAGAUGGCAGCCCCCUGUCGCCCACCUCAGCCUGGUUUGGGGAUAGCCCCCUGUCAGAGGGCAAUCCUGGCAUCCUUGCUGUCAGCCAGUCGAUAGCCUCACCAGACAUCUUGGUUAAACUCUACAAACCCCAGUCCCUGCUGGACAAAGCCAAGAUCAAUCAAGGGUGGCUGGACUCAUCCAGGUCUCUCAUGGAGCAGGAUGUGAAGGAGAACGAUGUGCUGCUGCUGAGGUUUAAAUAUCACAGCUUCUUUGACCUCAACCCUAAGUAUGAUGCCAUCAGAGUCAACCAGCUCUAUGAACAGGCCAAGUGGGCCAUCCUGCUGGAGGAAAUUGAGUGCACAGAGGAGGAAAUGAUGAUGUUUGCUGCCCUGCAGUACCACAUCAACAAGCUGUCAGGCAUGUCUUCAGACAACCACAUGAAUAACAGCGAGAAGGAGGUGGAUGAGGUGGAUGCAGCGUUGUCUGACCUGGAGAUUACUUUGGAGGGAGGGAAAACCUCCAGCACACUGGGUGACAUCACAUCUAUUCCAGAACUGGCAGACUACGUCAAAGUUUUCAAACCCAAGAAGCUGACGCUGAAGGGCUAUAAGCAGUACUGGUGCACGUUCAAGGACAUCACGAUUUCCUGCUACAAGAGUAAAGAGGAAGCACUCGGGACACCGGCACACCAAAUGAAUCUCAGAGGUUGUGAGGUAACGCCAGAUGUGAAUAUUUCUGGUCAGAAAUUCAACAUCAAAUUGCUAAUCCCCGUGGCCGAUGGGAUGAACGAGAUCUGGCUUCGGUGUGACACAGAGAAACAGUACGCUCACUGGAUGGCAGCAUGUCGCCUGGCCUCCAAAGGGAAGACCAUGGCCGACAGCUCAUACAACCUGGAGGUCCAGAACAUUCUCUCCUUCCUCAAGAUGCAACACAUGAACCCCGACCCUCAGUUCAUUGAACCAAUCACCACUGACAUCAACCCAGAGUGUCUGGUGUCUCCACGGUAUCUUAAAAAGUACAAGAACAAGCAGCCAGGCUAUGUCAGGGAUUUGAUUUCCGCCCGAAUUCUUGAAGCCCAUCAGAACGUGGCCCAGAUGAGUCUCAUCGAGGCCAAGAUGCGCUUCAUUCAGGCAUGGCAGUCCUUGCCAGAGUUUGGAAUCACUCACUUCCUUGCAAAAUUCCAAGGAGGAAAAAAAGAAGAGCUGAUCGGAAUCACCUAUAAUCGCCUGAUCCGAAUGGACGCCCACACUGGAGACGCAAUCAAGACCUGGCGCUUCAGCAACAUGAAACAGUGGAAUGUCAACUGGGAGAUCAAGAUGGUGACUGUUGAGUUUGCGGACGAGCCCAGUCUGUCCUUCAUCUGCGCCGAAGUGGACUGCAAGGUGGUCCACGAGUUCAUCGGCGGCUACAUCUUCCUGUCGACACGCGCCAAGGACCAGAACGAGUCGCUAGACGAGGAGAUGUUCUAUAAACUGACCAGCGGCUGGGUCUGAGCAGUCCCAGGCCAGCAGGGGUCGAUGAUUUUUAGGUCAGGGGUCGGGAAGAGGAGCAGGCUUGUAUGGGUUUAUUUUAUUGUGUUCUGUUGUCAUUUUAAUUGAUUGAAACUGUGCCGAAGGAGUCAAAGUUUAGCAUAGGUAUUGCCAAGACUGACACAAUUAUUGUUCUAGUUUUAUAUAUAUAUAUAUAUAUAUAUAUAUAUAUAUAUAUAUAUAUAUUGCAUUAAUGCUCAGUCAUUUGUUGCAUCACUAAUGUUUUGGUUUGUACAAUCCAGAUGAAGCCUUGUGUUUUAGUUGGAACCUUAGAAUAACACCUUGUACUACCACCUUCUUAUUCUCCUGUUUGCUUUCUUGUCUUUUCCUCUAUUAGAGUUGUGGCCACAAAUUGUAAUCCAUGAUGACUGUUUGAUCAACCUUUAGAUUUAAUCCCAAAGAAUAUUUUCAGACUUGUCUCUCUCAAUCAUAUUCUGCAUUUUUCCUUAGUUUGGGAAAAUAUGGAAUUAGAGUUUGUCAUUUGCCAAGUCUGGAGAAAUGUAGAGGAAAUGUUCUUUCAGACUUUUUUAAUUAUACAAAAUAUUUUUAAAAAAUCCAAAUUUCAUAACAUGUGGAGUCAUUUCAAUAAUAUUUAUCUAAGAUUAGUCUUUAACUAAUCUUUGUAACAUUUACAGGAGCUAUUUUAAAUCUUGCCUCAUGAUGUCAUAACUAGUUUAAGUAUUAUGGAUUAAAUUAUACUCUGCAAAAUGCUCAGGAUGACUGAAGUAGUUCAGUUCUUAUACGUUUUGUUUUCAAAUAAUUCUGAAUACUAAUGAAUGAAGAUAAAGUUAAAAACAGGGAAAAUUUAAAAGCCCUGCAUUCUCAUCUAUACCUGGACUGAAGGAGCUAAAAUCUUGCCAUAUUAACUAAUAUUUAUUUCAUAUAAAGGAAUGAGUCAAUCAAUAAAUUUACGCCCACCUUUCUACUACUUUACGUCUCAUGGAAACACUUUUGAUUUAUAGAUUCCUCUCCAUUAGCAAUCUGUUAAAUUUUUCUUUUGCUUUCUUAUUUCACACCCUUGGUCUUGUUUGGUUGAGCCACCCUGUUGGCCAUGUAUUGGCCUGAUGCAGACCCCCUUGUAAGCCUUCAUUUGUAUUCAGCAGACUGAAUAGGAAACAUUUCUGAAAACGCUACACUUCAGUGCGCUGUAAUAAGCGUCCUGUGGGUUUUACCACCUGGGUGUACCGAAUAAGUUCAAAAUGUCUCAUUCAGUUUGAGUUAUAUGCAAGGGCGCCAAUUUUUUGUGUGACUUGCCUACGUUUUUUUUUUUUUUUUUAAACUGUAACAGCAAGAGAUGUGGCCGUCUGUAGCUGCUUUUACGAGUUUUAAGCAACCGGAGACUUGAAAUUACAGCUGUGAUGUUAAAGUGCAUGUACACUACGCAACAGGAGGAACACUAUCACAGUCCCUCGAAGCAUGUCCUACGUCAAUGAAGUCCUGUUUCUCACCGUAUAGUAUUAUAUCGUUAUCAAUACUCACCAGCAAAAGGUCACAGAAUUUAAAGAAUGAAUAUGCAAUUUUUUUUGUUCUCUUCUCAGUAUGAAGGAUUGAUAAAUGAAGUAUUGUUAUUUUUUGUAACUAAUGUAAAAAUGCAAACAUUUUAUAAAAUUGUACAGUGUUUUUUUUUUUUUCUGCUUUGGGGAUUUGGAGGGGUUUUUUUUUGUUUUUUUUUGUUUUCCUUUCAGAAGCCAUCAGUCGACGUGUGUAGCUUUCAGAACUGUGUCAGUACAUUGUGGUCUUACUGAGGUCCCACAUGACGAUGCAUAUGACUUUAAAUGAAGAUAACACUAGCCUCAAACUCCUGACUUGGUUGAGAUGUUUUUUUUUUCUUUUUUUCAGCCAGACCCUAUGUUGAGUCGUUGUUAUUCUUAGUUUAUUUUGUUCAUUUAUUUUUGUGUAUUCUCUUGUCCCAUUUGCAAAAAAAAACCUGUCAAUUAAUGGCCAAGAGAACCAUAUUUAUUAUUUGUUUGAACUGACAAUUAUUUACAAACAUUUCUGCCUUAUAUUCAGCUUGUUCACAUCUUUUAUAACUUUUUUUUGUCACAACUGAAGAGUACCAUAUAAUGUGGUGAAGAAGAUGACCCUGGAGUUUGAGACAGUUCAACAAAAAUUAAUAUUAAUAAAAAAUUGAGAGAAGAAAAAAACAAGCAUAAAUAAAUAUAUAUUUUUGUUCUUGUCGAUGUUUGUUUGCCUCCAGUGUCCAGAGCAGCUGUGCAUGUCCUGCUGUUCUGUUUUCUGACUGUAAAAAAAUGCAUUUAUUUUAAAAAAUAAUAAAGUAAUUUUUAUUUAAA